CGGACAGAAGCAGAGAAAAGAAGAUACGACGCAGAGAAAAAAAGAUACAACAUAUAUAUAUAUAUAUAUAUAUACACAAUAGUCCAUCUCAAUCAACUAUGGCCUAGACACAGAGAGAGAGAGUGAGAGAGACGGAUCGCCAAUGAUCCUGACCAUCUCGAAAGCACAAAUGAUGGUGUUGAAAUGAAGGAGCGUCAGCGGUGGCAGCCAGAGGAAGACGCACUCCUCCGAGCCUACGUGAAGCAAUAUGGCCCCAAAGAGUGGAACCUCCUCCCCCAGCGCAUGCGGCAGCCCCUCCAGCGCGACCCCAAGUCCUGCCUGGAGCGCUGGAAGAACUACCUGAAGCCUGGCCUGAAGAAGGGCUCCCUCACCCCGGAGGAACAGUCCCUCGUCAUCUCCCUCCAGGCCAAGUACGGCAACAAGUGGAAGAAGAUCGCCGCCGAGGUCCCCGGCCGCACCCCCAAACGCCUCGGCAAGUGGUGGGAGGUCUACAAGGAAAAGCAGCUCAGACAGCAACAACAGCAGAAGAAGAAGGACGGCAACAGCAACAACGCCGCGGCCGCGGGGGAAUAUUCCGACUGUACAGACGGGAGUAUUCCGGCGGCGGCAGGUUCUCCGGAGAGGGUUGCUCAGGGUCCGUACGACCACAUCUUGGAGACAUUCGCAGAGAAGUACGUGCUUCAGCCCAAGCUCUACUACACGUUCCAGUCCUCCCUGAAUAGUAAUAGUAAUAUGGGUCCGGUGGCCGACCCUGAUCCGGUUCUGUCCCUCGGGUCCACGAGCUCCUCUUCUUCGACGACGUCGUCCGUACUUCCCUCGUGGAUGAACAUGAAUCCUUCGUGCACGACGUCGUCCUCGACUACGUCGUCGCCUUCCGUCAGCCUCUCCCUUUCUCCGUCCGACCCGAUUCCAGACCCGGACGCGAAUCCGACUCGCAUGUUUCCGGGUCAGCAAAUGGGCACGCUGAUCCAGUACUGUAAAGAGCUGGAGGAGGGGAGGCAGAGCUGGGUGCUGCACAAGAAGGAGGCCACGUGGCGGCUGAGCAGGCUGGAGCAGCAGCUGGAGUCAGAGAAAGCAAGGAAGAGAAGAGAGAAAAUGGAGGAGAUUGAGGCAAAGAUAAUGUCUUUGAGAGAGGAAGAGAAGGCUUUUGUGAGCAGAAUUGAGAGCGAGUUCAAAGAAGAGCUUACUGCCUUGCAGAGAGAUGCUGAGAGCAAGGAGGCCAAGCUGGUGGAGGCAUGGUGUAGCAAGCAUACCAUGCUGGCUAAGCUUGCGGAGCAGAUUGGCCUCACUGCUCCAAAGGGAAUGCACUAAUCAAAUUACCCAUUCGCUGCUGUUUUUCUUUUAUGGUUAUUGUCUUGCAUUUUGUAUCUCUUUUUUGUUAUUGGAAUGCAUUUUGCAUC